GUUAUGCGCGCUGAUGUCCAUAUUUUACACCAUAUUACCCGAAAAACAACGCGCUCAGCAACAACACGGCCGUCAUCUUAUCCUAUUGCGAACAGCUACAGUUAUUCAACAGUCCAGAAUAACUUCGUGGGAACUGUUUUUCUUUCAAGCGGUUUUCAAUUAUCGCCAUCAAGGCAUCUGGGGAUAUGACUUACUUAAACUUUCGUUGGACGUGCUAGCGACCACCUUCCACGUUCUUUGCAGAAAAUUGUCGGAACCUUCUUGAAACUUUAAUAACCAGAUUUAACCAGUCAAAAUGCCGAGCCGCAGCAGUGUCACCGGAGGCAACCACACCAGCAAAGUCAGAUACUCGAAGCUGCCGGAUAGCGAUGACGGCUACAUCGAUUUGCAGUUCAAGAAGACUCCACCCAAAGUUCCAUAUAAGGCCAUCGCCCUGGCCACUGUCCUCUUCCUCAUUGGCUCUUUACUAAUUGUCAUUGGAGCGCUUCUUCUGGCGGGGUACAUCGAAGUGACGCACCCAGACCGCACUGUUCCAGUCCUCAUCAUCGGAAUCCUGGUCUUCCUUCCAGGGUUCUACCAUCUGCGCAUUGCCUACUAUGCAUUCAGAGGUUACCGUGGUUACUCCUACGAAGACAUACCUGACUUUGAUGACUAACUGUCCAUGGGACAGCUGAGGUCUUGGGCUGCAUUUAAGGCAGUUCUGAAUUCUGGGCUUGACAGUAGCAAGAAUCACCUAUUACCAGAAUGCUUCAAGAGACAUAUUAGAUUCCUGGAAAUAGUCUGUUGGGAGAGUAUUAUGUCCAAAGAAAUAGAAAAUUUAUGUUUUAAAUACUAGUGUAUUUUUUUAAGCGCAAAUAAGUGGUUGAAGCAGGUAUCAUCAUUUGUAAACAGAGUCAAUUGUUUCUAUUUACUGCAAGUGAAAGUUCAGGCCUUAUUGGUCACACAUCCAUUUGUUGUUGUCCAUUAUGUCAAAACUCUUCUCCUCACAGAUCUUCAUUGUUCAGCUUUCUCUCCUUAAAGAGUUACAGGAAAUAACAUGGUUGGAACAUUUAUGGUCUCAUUUCAUAGAUUAACAUUAGUACCUUUCCAGAUUUUUCAUUGCAGCUCUGCCAAGUGCAAGUCUAUGAUGUAUUUCUUGACUUCUGGGUCCUUUGUGGUUGAUUGUUCCUUGGAGGCCAAAGUGAUCUAUAACUUUAAUGUCUAUACCAUUAACCCCAAAGCUGCUAUUCCUUUGGUCAUGGCCAUUGUUCUCUACUGUAAAUGUAAUGUUGUCGCUGUGUAUAUAUACAUAUGGUUGAUGAUGUUUUUCCUCCAAUCUUAAGCCUCCUUCCAGUCCGCCUCCUGUCAUCAUACAUUCUGUAUACAAAUUGACAUGGUAUGGUCACAGUAUGCAUCAUUCGUUUCCAGUGUAGAGUGUCUUAUUAAGGACAGCGAGAUACUAAUCUUCCUGAGAACAUUCCAAAGUGUAACAUUAUCAAAGACUUUGUCGUCAAUUAAGUACCUCUUUCCAUAGGUCGACUAAAGGUCAUGGAACCAUGAUUUUCCAAUUUGAACAAUGAAAGAAAGUAGUACAGUUAAGUCACUAUGGCAGCUAUAGAGUAGUGGUAGCAGUUGUGAUAAAGGGUAUAGAAUGAGCUCUAAUCUCAAGGUUGUAUGUACCGUAAAUAAAGCCUGAUAUUCUCCAGGAAAAAAAAUAAGAUAUAUUAAAGUGUACAGUUCAUUUAGCUGACUCUAAAUAACCGGAGGAGUCUUCAUUAACGUAACAGGCUUAAUUCCUUGCUUUUAUUUUUGAAAGGUUUCUGAUAGAUUGUGACAGUCCUUAACGUUUGGGUUUAAGAACAUUUCGUAUUUAUUCUGGUACAGUAACUUAUAAAGUUAUUUAAGAUUGUUUCCUGUUAUUCUAAUCAUUGCCUUUCACUCCCUCCCUGCUCAGUCAUAAUGCUUAAAAGAUCUCAGGUUUUCAGAGGCAAAGUUCAAUAUGGGAAAAUCGUUUGCUAACUUGUGAUCUAACACCUUAUUAGCCAUCAGCUGCUGGUGAUCUUUAUGAGAACAGGUGUUGUCGAACAGAAGGGAACAUCGUAACGAAAGGGUGUAAAUUGUUUAAUUUAUGUAAUUACAUGCUGGUGAUGUUUAGAAAAUGGAUACCAGCAACUGAAAGUUACAUACCGGCCAGGGGACUCAAAAAUAUGUUUUUCUUGAGUUGCUCUUGGCCGGUUAGCUGCCUGCUUUUUAACCUGCAAUUCUCUGUCAUCUAAAAUUUCAAAUGACAAAACUGUACUUGCUUGAUUCGGUUUAGUGGAAAACACACAGUGGAUGUAAUAGCCUGUAUUAAGUAUGAAGGCAUAUUUAGUUAUAACAAAAAAAACAACUUUCAUGACAGCAUAUCAUGUCAACUUUGUAAGGAAUUCACCGUGUAUGAUGCAAAUUAGUAAUAUAUGUUCAGGACUUUAAAAAAACUUUAGUUUUGUCUCGUGUCAUAAUUCAUGUUUCUGAAAUAACUGCCAGGGAUUAAAACAAGCCAUGAACACUGUACAGAAUUUCAAUGUGAUUUUCAGUAUUGUGUUUACAUUAGGGGUUGUUUCAGUUUGUGUGGAGUAAGACAUUACUGCUUUCCGAAAUGUAACAACAGUGCAAGAUAAUAAAAAAAAGGUUUUAAAAUAGUCAGGGCAGGCAAGUAAUCUAAAAGGAGACAAAAAGCUGCCUCUGAAAUUAUUUACCAACUGAUAAAAUUUAUAUUGAAAUAAGAAGACAGAUGAAAAAGUAGGCUUAUAUGUUUUAUGUGACAUUGUGAUUCACCCAAAUUCAAGCUCCAAAUUACUAUAUGCAUUUCAACCAUUUUCAUUCAUUUUGCCUCUAGUUAUGUGAAAUCAUCUCCCUCCUAAUAAAAUAUACUACACACACAUAAAA